AAAGUUCUUCUUGAAGGAGAGUAGAACUCACUCACUUCUUCGGGCACUCACUCUGGCACUUCCCCACUCGGGCACUCACUCACUCGGGCCUCAGUCAGUCAGGAUGGACAAAGUGGAGCGAGUGAUGAAGAUGGUGAAGAGGAUGUCGCCGAGGAAGAAGAGGAGAGAAGGAGGAGGAGGGAGAGCGGCCAGGGAGCCGGAGAGUCCGGACACCUUCUGUGACGACCUGUGUCGCUUCAGCCUCUGUAUCGGCGAUGAUGGACCGUAUGGAAAAACGAAGGAUGUCUCUGGACCAGAACACAACAUGGCGUCCAGGAGACACAGUAUACCAGAAGCGCUGAGGGGUGUGACCAUGGUAGAGCUGGUGAAGAAAGAGGGCAGCACGUUGGGCCUCACCAUUUCAGGAGGAACUGACAAAGAUGGGAAACCGCGGGUAUCAAACCUGCGACCCGGAGGUCUUGCUGCUCGGAGUGACCAGCUAAACGUUGGAGACUACAUCAAGUCUGUGAACGGCAUCAAUCUCACCAAACUACGACACGAAGAAAUCAUCAGCUUACUGAAGAACGUCGGGGAACGAGUCCUGCUGGAGGUGGAGUACGAACUGCCCCCUACAGCACCAGACAGCAGCUCGGGCGUUAUCUCCAAGACGAUCGACAUCUGUUUGCACAAAGAAGGCAGCAGUUUUGGCUUCGUCACCCGCGGUGGUAUCCACGAGGACUGGCACAAGUCUCGCCCCCUAGUGGUCACCUAUGUGCGACCUGGAGGCCCAGCAGACAGGGAGGGCACAUUGCGUCCUGGAGAUCGUCUCCUCACUGUGGACGGCGUGCCGCUGCACAACGCCAACCACAGCGACGCCCUCAGCAUGUUGGCUCAGUGUGGACAGGAAGCGCUGUUCCAGAUAGAGUACGACGUCACUAUCAUGGACACGCUGACCAACGCCUCAGGGCCUCUCCUAGUGGAGAUCGCCAAGUCGCCGGGGGCAAUGCUGGGCAUCACGCUGAUCUCUGCCAGCCAUCGCAACAAGCAGGUCAUCGUCAUCGAGCGUGUCAAGCCUGGCAGCGUGGUGGACAGGUGCGGAGCGUUGCAUGCCGGAGACCACCUGCUGUCCAUUGACGGGACGUCCACAGAGCACUGCACCGUCUUGGAGGCCACACAGCUGCUGGCCAGCACCACUGAACUGGUCAAACUGGAGAUACUGCCCUCCCAUCAGACCCGACUGACUGGGAAACAACAUGACACUGUGAAGGUCCAGAAGUCAGACCACCCGCACUCCUGGGACCCCUGUGUAAACUUCCUCCCUUCCACAAACUCCUCCCACUACAGCACAAGCUCCACCCUCCACAAAUCAUGGACCGCCUCCAACAACAACGCCAUCAACAACCUCGACUACUGCAAGUCUCUGGUGUCGGCCAGUUUUUCUCCAGGGUCCACGUCGGGCCCCAGCAGUCAGAGCGCCAACACUCUGCCUAGGCAGACUGUCCCCAUGAGCCCCAGGAACUCGCUGCUCAAACGCAGACACAGAAAGAAGGACCACAAAAGCUCUUUGUCGCUGGCGUCCAGUUCAGUGGGUCCGGGUGGGCAGGUUGUCCACGUGGAAACCAGCGAAGUCAUCCUGACAGGUGAUCCACUCAAUGGCUUUGGCGUGCAGCUGCAAGGAGGAAUAUUUGCUACAGAAACCCUCUCCGCACCCCCCCUCAUCCAAUUCAUCGAGCCUGACAGCUCAGCAGAAAGAUGUGGCCUUCUGCAAGUCGGGGACCGCCUCCAGUCCAUCAACGGCAUCCCCACCGAGGACGGCACCCUGGAGGAGGCCAAUCAGCUUCUACGGGAUGCGGCCCUUACCAACAAAGUGGCCCUGGAAAUCGAGUUUGAUGUGGCAGAGUCUGUGGUGCCGAGUAGUGGAACUUUUCACGUCAAACUACCCAAAAAAAGAGGAGUGGAACUGGGCCUCACCAUUAGUGCCAAUAAGAAAGCAGGAGAGCCUCUCAUCAUCUCUGACAUCAAGAAGGGCAGCAUGGCCCACAGAACAGGAACGCUGGAGCCCGGCGACAAGCUGCUGGCCAUCGACAACAUCCGGCUGGAGAACUGCUCCAAAGAAGAUGCCGAGCAUAUCCUCCAGCAGUGCGAGGAGCUGGUCAAGUUGAAGAUCCGCAAAGACGAGGACAACUCAGACGAGCAGGAGACGUCAGGCAGCAUCAUCUACACGGUGGAGCUGAAGCGCUAUGGAGGCCCGCUGGGCAUCACCAUCUCUGGCACCGAGGAGCCUUUUGACCCCAUCACCAUUUCAGGCCUGAACAAACGAGGCCUGGCGGAGAGGACAGGGGCUAUUCACGUGGGCGACCGCAUUCUGGCUAUUAACAGUGUUAGCCUGAAAGGUAAACCUCUGAGCGAGGCCAUCCACCUUUUGCAGAUGGCAGGAGAGACGGUCACUCUCAAGAUUAAGAAGCAGCUGGACAAUGCAGAGGAGAGGAAAGCGUCCGAGGCAGAGGACACGACAGAGAACGAGCUCAGCGACCCGGAAGACGAUCUGACUGACAGCCAGCAGACCAACAAGCUGUCUGAGCUCUACUCCACCACCAUCCCCAGCGUGGACUCAGCCAUGGAGUCAUGGGAUGGCUCCGGGCUAGACGCCGGCUACUGCAGCCAGGGCACCUACACACACCAGGCUUCAGCCGGCAUCGCCCUCCACCCUCACGAGUGGCGUAGUGCCAAGCAGCAGCACAGCAUCACGCCCCCACCUGGCUGUCGGAAGAACUAUCCCUUUAGUGACGGAGGCUUUAGUGAGGAUGAGUGGGAAAAAACCCCAUGUUUUGUUGGACAGCAAUCGGACGGAAUUCUGCUGGAGUCUGACGACAGUUUCUGGUGUCAGGCUCUGGAAGACCUGGAGACAUGUGGCCAAUCAGAACUGCUCAGAGAGAUUGAGGCGUCCAUCAUGACGGGCACGGCCAUCAGUUUGGGCGUAGAAUGCGCCAACAAGCCUCCACCAGAUCCCAUCCUGAGCCACAGCAGGAUGAGCCCGUUGCGACGGAAUUCCCUUCUCCACCAGGGGCAGCACCUGCAUGAGGAGCUCCACCUGCACGACGAAGCCCACCUCCACCAAGACCACAUGGGGAUCCACUUCAACCAGGACGAUCUCCUGCACCCGGGGGCCCACAUUCUCCAGGACAGCAUGUCCCCCCUCAUGCACCAAGAGCCCAAACCCAAGGCCUCGUUAAGGGUGUCGGAAAGGACUUGGGAGUCUCGUCGCAUCAAAGAAGAGAUGCAAGGACUUCUGUCGCCGACGCCUCUGGAGCUGCACAAGGUGACCGUGAUUAAAGAUCCAGAAAGCGACGACUUUGGUUUCAGCGUGUCAGACGGCUACCUGGAAAAAGGUGUUUACGUCAACAUGGUGCGACCAGACGGACCCGCUGACCGAUCCGGUCUUCGACCCUACGACAGGAUUCUUCAGGUAAACCACGUGCGGACGAGGGACUUUGACUGCUGCUUGGCGGUUCCUCUCAUCACGGAGGCCGGCGACAGACUGGAGCUGGUCAUCAGUCGAAACCCACUGGACGGCGCCGAAGACAACAACAACACUUUGGACCACCAUCCACUGGACCUGUAAGCACGGGUGUCCAAAUCACUUGAAGGAACGGCCACAUGCCCCGCCCACCAGGUUCUACCGCUGUCAUACAGCGGUCCUUCGCCAAAUGGACCUGCCUUACGGAAGACCCACCACAAUUUAGAAGCUGCGUGGUUGUUUUCACUAAACUGGCACAAAAACACAAUCAGAGACCAUGGGGGACUUUGUAGGGACUUCCUGCACAAACUGUGAUGUCAUCAACUGUGUGACGGCGGCUGUUCUCAUGUCAAGUGGUCAAAAACAUGGAGGACCAAAUCCCGGCUUUUCAUCUCGUCGGACUCGGGGUCGGGGUCAUGUGAAGUGGGUCACGAUUGCAAAAAUGUCCGAGUAAGUGCUUCCUGCCUUUCAGACCGCGCUCGUCUGUUCAGAGAAAAAAAAUAACUUCCAGGGCUGUGCACCCCACCGAUCCCCUGCCCCCAAAAACCCUCACAAUUUAGCAGACAUUCUUUCCUCCAGCUUACUUCACCUGCUGUUUUCUUCCCGGAACGCCAAAGCGGACCUCAUUAUUUGUGGAUUAGCGGUCACAUGACCCCCCCUCAAGCACACUUUGUUGGUCGGACACAAAGACUUCAAACAUGUAUAUGCACACAUUAAAUACACUUGUCCAUGUUAACUAAAAAUGUCUUUAAGGAAAGGUCAACAUUCCUCGCCCACUUCUCCUCCACGCUGUGUGACAAUACACACACACCCCCCCCCCCCCACAGUGCACAAUGGAAAUGAAAGCAUCGUAAUGAUGAACAUGUGUUUACAUGUAAAUAACGGUGACUAUUCACAACGUGCGUGUGUGUGUGUGUGUGUGUGUGUGUGUGUGUGUGUGUGUGUGUGUGUGUGUGUGUGUGUGUGUGUGUGUGUGUGUGUGUGUGUGUGUGUGUGUGAAGGACAUUUGUCUCUUAUUUACCGAGCACUUCUAAAGAAAAAGAAGCACAGUGUAGAUGUUGUCAUGAAUGGAGUGUUUUUUAAAGAGCUUUUGUAAAGCAACAACAUGCUGAGAGAAAAGCCUUCCAAAGUGUUGUGUUGUUUUAUUCUAUAUACAGUAUUUAACGUGUGUGAGUGUGUGUGUGUGUGUGUGUGUGUGUGUGUGUGUGUGUGUGUGUGUGCAUAUACAGUCGGUCCUCGAUUUACGCUGUCCCGUGGUUACGAAUGCACUCUCAUAAAGUUAAAGUACCACUGAUAGUCACACACACACACACUAGGUGUGGUGAAAUUACCCUCUGCAUUUGACCCAUACCCUUGUUCCACCCCCUGGGAGGUGAGGGGAGCAGUGAGCAGCAGCGGUGGCUGCGCUCAGGCAACAUUUUGGUGAUUUAACCCCCAAUUCCAACCCUUGAUGCUGAUUAUAUAUUAUACAUAAAUUACGAAUACUUGACACAAAAAACUAGGGAACUAGUUUGGCGUAUGAAUAUGUUGUUACACGCUGCUGCACUGAUGAAGGACGUCAGUUUUGUAUGGAAGUAGAAUUGUCAACUUAUAUAUA